ACUAUUUUUGCAAAAUUCUGAUUUUGUUGAAAUGUAAGAUGCGCGAAAAGAUGCCACUCUUUCUUGUACUUCCGUGAUCAAUCUAACCAGCGCGCGCGAGGGGACGACGGGGUUGCUUAUUUGUACUUUGCCAUUAUCUGUUCUGUUUAAUACACGCCCUCCUUUGAGUUUUCUGGGAAAACUUGUAAAAUUCUGCGAAUCUGAAAGUGAAUGUUCCUUGCUGUUAAAAAUACGUUUUUUUACUGUAUUUCAUUCGGGUGUGUUCACUUUCCACUGUAUUUUCUUUAACAAUUUAUAAUACCGAUAAAAUGGGUGACUAUGAUGAUUUGGUAUUAUCAGAAGUGCACAUAAAUCCAGAAGACCAACCAGUUGAUAAUGCUUUUGUUUCGCGCUUUAUUCUGAAAGUUUCUGACGAUUUAGUUGAAGAUACAAGUUCAAAUGAAUAUUGCACUAAAUAUGACAGUGAUGGUGAUGUGAUAUAUAGAAAAGAGUAUUUACAACUUCAAAAUGAAGUUGCAAUAACCAUCAAACAUCACCAUGCUACCCCAUUAGAUAAAGUUGGAAAGCAAAUGUGGAAUGGGUCUUUUGUAAUGGCUGAUUACAUUUUGAAUAGUUCUGAUAUUAAAGAGAAAUAUUGUCUUGAACUAGGAUGUGGUAUUGGGUUUUCAUCCAUUGUUUGUGCCAUGAAAUCUAAACAUUUAUAUUGCACAGAUUACAGUGACGAGAUUUUACAGCUAUGUUCAGAAAACGUUAAUUUAAACGAGCUUGCAUAUAACAAUGAUGCACCUCUUUUAUCUUCUGAUGAAUACAUAAAAAUUCGUAAUCUGGAUUGGUUUGAUACCAAUUUAAAAGAUUUCAACCACAGUGAAGUUAAUAGUGUUUUUAACGAAUUUCUUUAUAAGAAUAGUAAGAGAAAUGUAUCAGAAAAAUUUAUUUGGCAGGAAAAUGACAUUUCGUGUCUUCAGAAAACCAAUCUAAUAUUUGCUGCUGACUGUAUAUACGAUGAAACUCUUACAGAAAAACUAUUUAAUGCAAUUUUUUUCUUUGUUUUUUUAUCAAGACAAAAAGAGGUUACCGUUUAUUUAUCCAUAGAGAAAAGAAUAAAUUUCACUAUAGAAGAUGUAGAUGUCGCAGCAUCGUCAUAUAAUCAUUUAAUGCUGAUGUUUACAGGUUUGAAAAAUGGUAGUUUUGGGGAUGUAUUUAAAGGAAAUUGCGUUAUCGAAGAAGUCCCACUUACCUUUUCUCAGCAUAUAGAUUAUAACCGAACAAAAUAUUUACAGCUGUGGAAAAUUUUGUUUGCAAAAUAAAGGUGUUAUGACAUCGA